AUGAUUUCUAAUGUGCUCAUUUUUUGUGGUGCAGUGACACUGGCGAUACUUGUGGUGAUACUACUGGCCACCGUUUCACCAUUACCGCAUUCAAACUCAUCUUCAAAGCCAUUGGUGGCAUUAUCUUUAUACAUCCAACAACCACAAACCGCCGCCAUACCAAAUCCGCGCACAGUGGCACCACCACCACCAGAUGCCGGUGCCUUGAUCUUCCAUCGUGUUUUAACAGAGGGGCCAAAGAACACGUCAAGAGUCGUGGGGAAAGCCCAAGGCUUCUUCAUCCCUGUCAAACAAUUUGCACAUUCGGGAUUCAACAUUAUUUAUCUUACUUUUGAUACACAUGAAUAUUCCGGCAGCGUUAGUAUUCAGGCCAAGAAUCCGGAGGAUGAUCAAAAGGAUGAACUGAGUGUUGUUGGGGGAACAGGGUCUUUCGCUUUUGUACGUGGAAUGGCUGUUUUGACAAGGAAAGAUGAGCAUGAUACUGAUCUUGUGGUGCCAUAUCACAUUAGAUUGCAUUUGAAGUACCCUAAUCGGUCUGAAACAAUACCUGCAGGAUGA